UCGUCACGGCGCGGCACCUGUCACUGCGGGCAACGCCCCGGCCCGGCGCCGCCCACCCUCUCAGCCAAUCACGAAGCCACGUCCGGCGAUUGGCUCUUCCCAUUGGUCGUUUUGAAGAAGGCGGCGGCCAAUAACGGCGGCGCGGCGGUUGUCGGGAGUGCUGGCGGUCAUUCGUCGGCGGCGCCCGGGAUGGAGCGGGCCGGAGCGGCGGCACAACGGAGGAGCCAGCUGCAGAACUGCCAAGUAGCCAAGGAAAGGCUAAAAUGCACAAGUGCCAAACCCUUUUUAAAGGAUUGGACUAAUCACCUGAAUCCACCCUUAGAACCAGUCUCUAAACUCAAGCAUGUUAACAGCAACAAGAAGGAUGUUCUUGGGACUGUGAUGGAGGGUGCUCAGGAGGAUGGCAAGCUUGGAACCAAAUCCAGGCAGCAGACUGGCCAUACUGCUCUGAAGAAGGCUUCAAAUACGUGCCAGAGAGCAGGAGGGGUGUGUCCAGUGCUGCCAAGGAACAAUGUGACAUUUCCUGCUUCUGCACAGACUAGAGGCAGGCUCCCACCUUCAAGCUCUGGUCACCUAAAUCCAAACACAGACCAGAAGCCUGCACAGGAGACUGUCACUGCAGCAGCACCUCAGGUGGGAAAUGAGCACACUCUGCACUCCCUGAAUGUGGGGCUGCAGGACAGGCUGGUCUGCAAUAAGGAAAACCUUGGCCCACAAGCCUCCACGUCCUCAGAGCUGAUCAGAACUAUUCACUCCAAUAAAAACAGUCUCAGGAAGGAGAGAGUCUUGGCCCACAGGCAAGGAAGACCUGGAACAUCAAGGUCCGUUCUGGGUCAAAAAGGAAGAAUGGGUAACCACCAGGCUAAGGAAGAGCCAGAUUUGGAUAAAUUCGGGAAAGCCCUGCCAGAAUCAAAGAGGAUGUCACAAAAUACAAAUAACAGAACUCAGCCAUUGCAGCCCUCUCGGUUCUUUCCCGCUUCUUCUACUUUGAUACAUAAAAACCCAGGGACAAAGCAAGGAGAAAGUAUUACUGUGAGGCAACCUGGCACAACUCCAGGGGGAAGUCUUAAGCAGCACAGCCAGCCUCCCUCAGUGAGAAGAUUUCCCACUAAGUCUACCACCUUGGGCAAGCCCCAGGGGACCACAAACCUGAAAUCCAACCUGAACCAAGCAGUCACUUUACCAUGGCCAAGGCCCAUGGUUAAAGAGGUGAUGGACAGGAAGGACAUGAAGGUGGUGGCUCCUGGACACACAACAGCAUCCCAAGGGUCAGGUCCCAAAAACCAGUCUCACAGCAUACACAACUCUAAAACUCAUGUCCUUGAGGAUGAGUUGAGAAGCAGGAGAGACCAGAUUAAACCAGAGCUGCCAAAGGCAAGUGGCAUGCAGGCUAGGCGUGUUCCAAGGACUCCAUCAGCUGCAGAUCGAAGGAAACAGCUGGAGGAGUGGUUGGCAUCCAAAGGCAGGACAUACAAGCGGCCGCCGAUGAUGCUGCUUCAGAAGCAGGCAGUGAAACCAUCCUGCAGAAAGGUCAAGGCAACUGAGAAGCAAGAGAAUCCAGAGCAGCGCUGCCAAGCAAAGAUCAACAACAUAUUAACUGAGUGCCUGAAGCUCAUUGAGGAGGGUGUCCAUGCAGAGGAGAUCUUGGCAGUGCUGUCCCUUGUGCCCCAGGCAGAGAAAUUUGCCAAAUUCUGGAUCUGCCAAGCAAAGCUGCUGGCCCAGAGUGGCCCCUUUGAUGUGUUACAGCUGUACAGAGAAGCAGUCAGUGCUGGGGCUGAGCCAGUCGAAGAGCUCAGAGAAACUGCUCUCAAUAUUUUGAAGGAUGCAGGCCAAAAACUGGAAGGAGAAAAGGCAGAGGAACCCAUUCCUCUGGAGCCUACCACGCCUUGUCCAGCUGAGAGGCAGCCCAUAGCAUCAACUCCAGGCGUGCUGGGGAGACCCAUGGCCUCCCUCCCACCCUCAGUCAAGUUGCAGGUUACAUCUGCAUCCAGAGGAAGGGAAUUCCUGGAAGGCCCAGAACUGAAAUUUCUAACACCUGUGCGGCGCUCCCUACGGACUGAGAGCGCUCGGAGUCGCUACCCAGAGAUGCUGAAGGACCAUGACCCUGUGGUGUCAUCCCUCAGUGAAAUCCUGGAUGCUGAGGAGGAGACUCUCUUCUUCUUCCGGAAAAACAAGGCUUUGCCAGAAGUGACAGAGCUGGAGGGCUUGAGUUCAUAUCCCCCCAAGAGCCCCUGAGGGGUUCCCAGCAGGAGCAGGCUGCCUUGCCUGCCGUGCUGCCUUGUACACACUCCCAUGACUGCUCUUGCUGCCCCUCAGAUCUAUGGGGGAGGGUUUGGCACAGAAUAAGCAUUAAUAAAAUAUCUAAAUGCAGUUUUAAAUAUUGAA